AGGGUUAGUUCACCCAAAAAUGAAAAUUCUGUCAUCAUUUACUCACUCUCAGGUUGCUGCAAACUUGUAUACAUGUUUUUGUUAUGUUGAACACAAAGAAAGAAGUUUUAAAAAAUGUGGGAAACUGAACAGUUCUUGGGCACCAUUGACUUCCAUAGUAUUUUUUUUUCCUACUAUGGAAGUCAAUGGUGCCCCAAAGCGGCCUGGUUACAAACAACAACUUGAGGGUGAGUAAAUUAUGACAUAAUUUUCAUUUUGGUGUGAACUAACCCUUUAACGUGAUUCUUUUGUUUAUAUGCAUCAGUAUGUUUGACUCAUUAGACAAGUAAGUUGAGAGAGAUGGCAUCUUUCUCACAAGGAAGCGUGGUUUCAGCGCCGACAGCGGACACGCCACCAGCGUUUGAGAGCAGAGAAUACUACUUACUUUUUCAAGAUUUUGAUAACUUAUUUCAUUUAGCCUACUUGGCAUUUUAUUAAUCUUUCAAAUUUGCCUGGGUGGUUCAUAACACAUUUUUCUGUGGUGUGACAAACUCAAAACACAUUUUCAUAUUGCUUUUGCAGGGACUUUAAAUACACACACGAACGGCCAUACACACACACACACACACACACGCACGUGGUCAUGUACACAAACAGGAAAGCGUGUGCACAUCCUCCUUUCUAAUGUGACAGACAAUAAAAAAAACCAAGCUUUUCUUUCACAUUUCAUUCGUAACAAGUAUUUUCAAAAGCGUCACUUCUCAAUUCCCACUUUUACAUUGAGCCAAAAAGACAAUCUGUGGCCUUAGGCAAAUUACCUUUAUAAGGAACAGAAAUGUUGAAAUGACAAAUAAAUAACCAAACAACUUCAUAAUGUGUUAGUUAAAGGUCUCUUGGGAAUGGCAACCCUCGAUUUAACUUUGUUGUUAAAUAAAACAUUCUCUCGCACGCUCUACUGUGAAUGAGUGUAAUAUGCUUAUCAACUGAGGUGUGACUGCAGUUUCUUCCCACCUAAUAAUAUAAAAACAAAUAUUUGCAUAAACUGCUUGUGUAACAGUUCCAAAAUCUAACAACAGCUUACAUAAUGCUCAUUUUGCCGUUUUCAAAUACUUUUGUAAACAUCUGAGAAAAUUAGUGGUUCAUUUUUGUAGGACUAAUUUGCUAUUAUUAAAUUCUUUUUUGCGUAGACAUAUGAUCAGCCACUGGCCACCCUACUUUAUGUUUCCUGUACAACGACGUAACUCACUGCUUAACCACCAUAGUACGAUGCAUCGAUGGAGAAACUAUCUAGCUAGUCAGGACUGUUUCCCAAAAACAUAAUAACUUUGUCACACAUCAUUCGAACCACGUCGGUUCAACAGUAUAGUUAAUUUCGUCACACAGAUGGUGGAGUAUAAUAUCUAGAAAUUAAUCAGUUCGAGAUCGAAUUAAAGGGAUAGUUCACCCAAAAAUGAAUAUUAUCCUAUCACAUUACAUAAAGCGGCAGGUCUAUUAGACCAAAGAUCAUUUAACAUAGCCUACAGUAUCAGAUUGUUUUGUUCUGUCCAUUGCUAUGGUUAUCACUGAUUUACUCACCCUCAAGCCAUCCUAAGUGUAUAUGACUAUCUUCUUUCAGACAAACACAAUUGGAGCUAUAUUAAAAAAUAUCCUUGCUCUUCCAAGCUUUAUAAUGGUAGUGAAUGGCACUCCUGAUUUUGAAGUCCAAAAAAGUGCAUCCAUCCAUCAUAAAAGUAAAGGCUGAUUUAUACUUCUGCUUCGAGUGUACACUGUAGCUACGGCGUAGGCUGUGUGUAGCACGUGUAGCCUACAACGUAGCCUGACAUGCACCUCUUCAAAAAUUUAACAAUGCGUCAAUUCUACGCAGACCGCAGGCGCUGUGAUUGGUCUGCUAGAACCCCUCCAUCAGGUCAAAAAACUGGCGCGGAUCAAUCUGAGAAGAGCGAGCAUUUUCAACUUCCACAUGAAUGAAAAAACACUGUUUCAGGGGACACAUACAGUCAAACUACAACAAAAGUUGUUACCUAUUUGCCGCUUCUAUUUGUAAGCUUCUCUGGCAACGUACAUGACAAGCUGCUUCUUCUUCGGCUUUUGCCUUGAUCCUCAACAUUACCUCCUAGUGGUCUGCAUGCACGUCGACGCGGACAACGACGCAGAAGUAUAAAUGAAAACAGAUGCAUAGCCUACGGCGCAGAGGCUCCAGCGUAGGUCCGACGCAGAAGUAUAAAUCAGCCUUAAUCCAUACGACUCCAGGGGGUUAAUAAAGGCCUUCUGAAGCGAAGCACUGGGUUUUUUAUGAAACAUAUCCAUAUUUAAAACUUUAUAAACUAAAAUAACCAGCUGAUGGUCUACACAAGUCGACUUACUAAUUCUAACUACAUGUGAAAUAAAUCUAUUGUACCUGAAAAACUUAAUUUAAUUCACAUUUUUGUUAGAUUUUAUUUGUCCUAUUGUUUGUAAUUUGCUUCUUUUUGCUUAUUUUUAAUAACAGAAGUGAGAUAAAAUAACACAAAAUAACUAUAUUGUGAUAUAUCGUUAUCGUGAAAUAAAAUGUCUCAUAUUGUGAAAUAAGAAUUCGGUCAUAUCGCCCACCUCUAGUUGGAACUAUGGUUUCGGGAAACACAGAAUCAUCGAAUUAUGCUGAUAACGUUGGCUAAUGAUGCUUUUGGGAAAUGGAAACCAAACUGGGAUCAACAAUGGAUGGCUUAAUGACGCUGGGCUUGCUGAUUGAGUCAUGAUGGCCAACACAGAGUAUGAUGAGUCUUCACUAUGCAAAGAAAAUGAACCAACACAGUCUCUGAGAGAAGUAGGAACGAUUACACAGACUUUUGAAGAAGACACUACAAUGGCGCCCUCUUUCGGUAAUGAGAGGUAUUGCUUGGAUGAAGGUACUGCCGCAGGAAACACUUCUCCAUCCUGGCAGGAUAAGAGAAUGAUGGAUGAAAAAAUCUCUCCCGUCGAAAAACAACUUCAGUACCUGCUGAACAAAGCAGAUGAGUUUCAAACACAGCUUUUGUGGAGCCGAGACUGCCUCCAGAAUUAUGAGUUUGCCCAUAUUGUUCCAAUGUUUUUGCAAACUUGUCAGCCGUACUUCACUUACUUGGAGUCGACAGCCAGAAACUCCAACCCCUUCCGCCCACCUCUGUCCACAUAUAUACGCACACAGCUUUUGCAGUUCUCUCAGCAACUGUGUUCUCGUCUGGAACAGCUGAUGUUGCUAUACGCCUCCUUCAGUUUCGUCUCACUGGAGGAAUCUGAUCCACUGAGUAUCUCACACUUCUAUAUUGGCCAGUGUCAAAUAGACAACAUGAAGCUGUCAAUCUUCCGGUACUGUUGCCCCACCCCCUUUCUUGCCUCAGCCAGUACUGGGCUAUACAAACGUAUGCGCUGGAACGUGGAGCGAGAGAUAAAGGGAGAAGGAGAAGGAAAGACAUAUGACAGUGCAGAGUUUUUCUUUCUGUGCUGUGAGGAUGUCAUUGAGGCAGAAGAUGAUAAAGAUGGAGACGGAAGAUGCGAGGGAGAAAAUACAGAGAGAGAGAGCAGAGUGGCAAGGAUUUGGUCUAUUGGUCAGUGGGUCCAGACGUACCCUGACCCAGAGGACAUCACCGAUUGGGUGUUGUGUUCAGUCCCUUGUGGUCAGUACAAGCAGCUGUUGUGUCUGGGAAGUGAAGAGCCUUCAUCCUGCACUGCCACAGACUGCCUGCUGGGGGUGCUGCUUUCUCAGGAAAUAGAUGGUACAGUUUACUUUAAAACAUGAGGUUGUGCUUGCUCAGGGCCUCACCCAUUCUGGAAAGAGCAUUUGGGUUAUUGAAAUCAGAUGGGUAACUGAAUACAGAUAGAAGUUGUAAAUCCAAAGUAUGUCUAUUUUUAAAUGACUUUUUUUUUUUUAAUAGUUCAUGACUAUUGUUGUUAGUGUUGUUCUGCAAUGUCAGUUUGUUAUAUGAUAAACAAUUUUCACUAUUGAUGGAAAGCUCAAACAGAGUAAAAGUUCAAGAUUAAAUGUCAAACCAACUUUAUUUUGCAUGAAAACAUUAAAAUACAGUGGGCGUCCAAGUAAUCGGUUGCAAAGUCCAGAAAUAAAACCUGCUGGCAGUCCUGGCCCACUGCCUACUUUUCUCUAUAAAACAGAAAUAAAACAAUCCUUCCUUUCAAAAUAUAAAUUACAAAAAUAUACAUAAAAUUGGGAAAAUGUACCACACAUAUGCAGUUAUGUCUUUGCACGGUUGUUGGAAAACGUUGUAAAUAUCAGUGUAGUGGGCAAAGCAUUAUGAAUAAUGUUAUAUUCCUUCAUUCUUCUUAUUGUAAAUCAGCCCAGUCAGGGCUAGAGAGUUAUUUUCAGUGCAUUAUUUUUACUGCUGGUUUCUGUCUCUAUACAGUAGCUUUCCCUGUACAUUAUUGUAAAGUGAUAUGUCAAGUUAUACAACAGUAGUUCAGCAAAAAUACAGUGAAAGUCAAUCUACCUGGAAUCCCUGUGUUCCCUGAUUAAAACGCAAAGUGGUUCCUUUGAUUUUUUUUUUUUUUUCUUUUUUUCUUUUUUU